AUGCCCAGCGAGACUCAGAGCCGACUCCCGCGCUCAAAAUCGGUCCAGUCACUCCGGCAGCAUGUCCCCCAGCCCAAGGAUCUCAAGCCGCCGCCAGUCUCGCGGUCAAGUACCGCACAGGGAAGUUUGCGUGCCGUGCCUGCAGCAGCCGGCACCAGUGCCAAUGCCUCAGCCGCAGUCAGCGCCAACGCCAGCACCAGCACCAGUGCGAUAGCUCGCCCCGCACCACGCCUACCGCCCAGCCCGACAGGCAAGGCCUUCAAGACCACGGCGCCACUGCUACCCCCGAGCCCGACCACCAAGGCGUUCAGGCCGCCGCCCCUCGCGCUCUCGAGCAAGGAGACAACGGCCCUCCCGGGCAAGAUCACAACUCGCCCCCGCCCGCUGCACAAGGUCACCUCGUUACCCCGUCUCACGGGCAUGGGCAGGAUGGGAUCCAAGGACACCGAAGCCAAGGACGCCGCCAAGGGCCAGGCGCCCAAGUCGAAGGACAAGAGGAAGAGCGACGCCGGCAAGGAGAACUCGGCCGUGGCCAAGAAGCCGCCUGUACCGCCCAUGCCGCCCCUCCCGCCCAUCAUGCCGCGUGCUGACUCGCCCGAGAAGGCCUUACGCGGCGUCACCAAGCCGCGCCUGUCCGAGGAGGCCAGGGGCUUAUUCGCGCCGCAGCGCAAGACGGCUACGGCAACGACGUCGAUGGUGGCCCCGUCCCUCUUCAGCGGGUCGAGUAUCCGCAUCCCCCGGCCGAGAAUCAAGCUCGGCCCAUCAUCGGCGCUCCACUCGCCAUCGAUGCCUUCACCAUCACCGUCCCCGUCCAAGAGCUCGCAGUCCCUCUCGCCUCCCCCGCCGCGCUCAGUCUCGACAGCGAGCUCGCGGACCGCCUCAGCCGCCAGCGCGUCGACGCCCUUCCUCGCCCAGAUUGCCACCACGCCCGGCAAGCUCGCGUCGCCCUUCCCCCCGUCGCCGUUACCGCCCGUCACACCGGGUUUACUGCGCUCGCAGCCGCCAGCCGAGACGCCGACCAUCUCGGCGCUGCUGGAGCGCGAGCACGCCGCCGAUCUCAGCCUCAUUGACGAGGGCGACGUCAGCCUGGCGAGCAUCGCGUCGUUCGAGGGCCUCACCCCGCCGCAGCGUGCGCAGCGCCCGUCGCCCCGCGUAAGCAAGCUGAGCGAGGUGCAGGACCAGGUCGCGCGCCUCGAGGACGAGAAGCGCGAGCUCGAGCGCCGCGUGGCCAGCAUGCUCGCCGAGGAGGCGCGCCUGCUCGGCGUCGUCGAGCAGGCCAACUUUGAGCGCGACGAGGCGCGUAACCUCGUCGAGACCCGCAAUGCGGAGAAGAACGCAGCCAUGUGGGAGUCGGUGCUCAAGGCCGCCGACGAGGCGAUAGAUGAGGAGCGUAACCUCCUCGCCACUAUUGGCUGUCUGCGCGAAAUGGUCACUGCGUUGUGA